GCACCUGCUGACGUGUCACCAAUCACUGUGAACAGCGGGGAUGCUGUGGUGGUUCCGAAGGGAUGGACGUACAGCAUUGGAAAUUACCUCAACGAAUCACCGGAGCUCAUCAUUACAGCCGUUCGAUUCAGCCAUCACAAGCAGAAAUCGUACCUUGCAGGCAGCAAACCCCACUCGGUGCUGUCUGGCUUCAGUCUGCACAUCCUGGAGACGGCAUUCAACCAGCAGCACGACAUGGUUAGGGCGCUGCUGCACCAGGCAUCUGGAGGAGGGAUCAUCGUGUCCCGCUGUGUACCACCCUCGCCUCCUGAGCCUGCUGCACAGGAGGAUGUUGCAGAGGAGGAUGGGGAUAAGUCUGAGGAGGAUGGGUCGGAGGGGGAUGGUUCAGAGGGUGGUGUGUCAGAGGGGGAUAUGUCAGGGGAGUUGGAGGAAGUAGUACUGGGUAGGGGUGCUGCUAUGAUGAGGAGGAUGGGUUUUGCUGAUGGUGGAAUGGAGUUUGUUCUAGAAGGCAAGAAGGGUAUGGGGAAGGAGAAGGAGAAAAAAGAGAAGAAAAAGGAAAAGAAAAAGGGCAAGAAGGGGAAGAAGGAGAAAAAAGAGAAGAAAGAUAAGAAGGGAAAGAAAGAGAAGAAAAAGAAGAAGAAGAAGAAGAAGAAGAAUACUGUUUUGGUGGAUCAUGUGGCAGCACGGCGGCCUGCAAUCACCACGGAGGGUGGCAGCAUGGUGCGCGUGUCGUACCGAGACUUCAAGGCACUCCGGGUCGCAGGCAUCGAGGGAGAAAUUGUGCUGCUCACGCUUUACCCGCAUGCGGUGGUGGCGCCACACAUUCACGGCAACACAGCGGUGGUCUUCAUGGUUCUCAAGGGUUCGGGCCACUUUGAGUCGGUGCACCACAACGGCACCACCGCCGCCAGUGAUGCCGUGCAGGCAGGCCACGUGGGGGUGGUCCCCAUGGGGUAUGCCCAUGCUCUGCAGGCGGGAGAGCAGGGCGUGCAGAUUCUUGGCAUUCGAAUUGUCUUUUUCCUUCGUGUUCUCGCCCUUUUGAACCACGUGCAGUUCCAUCCGGAUGUGAACAAGGACCCUGGAGCGGAGGAAAAGUUCAAGGAGAUCAGUAGCGCGUACGAGGUUCUUUCGGACGAUGAGAAGCGGCCACUAUACGACCGUUUUGGGGAGGCGGGCGUGUCUGGGUCUGGUGGCAUGGGAGGAGCGGGAGCUUACACGUCGAACCCGUUCGAUCUGUUCGAGUCCAUAUUCGGGCCGGGCAUGGGCGCUGCAGCGAGGGGAGGCAUGGGUGGAAUGGGCGGCAUGGGCGGCGCUGGGCCGCGAACGCGGCAACCUGUUCCGGGCGACGAUGUCAAAAUGGAGAUGCCGCUGGAGUUCCGCGAGGUGAUAUUCGGCGCCGAGAAGACCAUCAACGUGGCGCAUCUGGACGGCUGCAACGAGUGUGGGGGGUCGGGCGCCAAGGCGGGCACGUCCCCCCGCACAUGCCCCACGUGCCGGGGCAUGGGGCAGGUUAUGCAGACAAGGCAGACAGCCUUUGGGAUGUUCUCCUCGGUGUCCACGUGCUCGACGUGUGCAGGAGUGGGGGAGGUGAUAUCUGAGUUCUGCCGCAAGUGUGGGGGCGAGGGGCGCGUGCGGACGCGCAAGCCAGUGGUGAUCAACGUUCCUGCUGGGGUGGACUCGGGUACAGUGCUGCGCGUCAAAGGGGAGGGCGACGCUGGCAUGCGCGGAGGCAAGCGGGGCGACCUGUACGUGUUUGUGAAGGUGAAGGAAACGAUGGGCAUUCGCAGGGACGGCAUCAACCUCUACUCCAACGUCUCCAUCGACUAUACCGACGCCAUCCUUGGGACCGUCGCCAAGGUGGCGACAGUGGACGGGGCAGCGGAGCUGAGAGUUCCGGCAGGGACACAGCCAGGCGACACACUAGUGUUGGAGCGCAAAGGGGUGCCCAAGGUGGGCAAGAGCAACAUCCGCGGGGACCACUUCUUCCAAGUCAACGUCUUUAUCCCCAAACGAGUCAGUCCCACGGAGCGGGACCUGGUGGAGGAGCUGGCGUCGAUUCACAAGACGGGCAAGACACGCACGGGCAUCACUGUGGAGGGCGCCAGGCCACGGGGUUCCUCUUCAAGCUCAGGCGUGGAUGGGGAGGGCAUCGUCGACACUGUCAAGUGA